AUGGGCACAUUAUUAAGGCAAAUAAUCAAAAACUGUGAACAUUUAUCAAGGCUAAGUAUCUCAAAUAAUCUUCUAAAGCCAGGCAACUCGCCCCUCCUUGCAUUGAUAGCGACUAAACGAUAUUCCAAUGUGCCCACUCCUUACGAAGUCGUGGAUAUCAAGGCCGAAGAAAAAUCGAACAAAGAAGUGAUAAACCAAGUAAACCAGCUAGUAAAAGACAACAAUAUAUCCAGAUUAUUUGCUGUGGUCCAUGUAACAGGUAAACAAUUCAAAAUUACUGAAGGCGAUGUGAUAGUAAUUGAAGGAUAUUGGCCACCAACUGUUGGAGACAAGAUCUUAUUAGAUAAAGUUUUGCUAGCAGGGAGUACAGAUUUUACCUUGAUAGGAAGACCUAUUGUACAAAAAGGAUUGGUUAGAGUAGAGGCUACAGUUAUUGAGAAAACCUUGUCUCAUACAAAAACUCAUUUUAGAAAAAAGCGAAGGAAGCAGUAUAUGAGAAUCAACUUUUUCAGAAUUCAGCAAACAUAUCUCAGGAUAAAUAAAGUGUGCAUUAAUGGAGAAGUGAAUAACCCACCUGAAGUUAGAGGACUUGAGACAGCAAUCUUUUAA